AUUGGACAAACACGUGCACCGAUUAGUGAAAAUGUGUAAAAGUUUGACAUCAUUUGCGAGAAUAGAGGAAACCGAUAGAAUUUUGCUCAUAAAACAUGGAUUUUUAGAUUUAAAAUUAAUACGAUCCCUAAAAUACUAUGAUUAUAAACAAGGAGGUUGGGCUAUGAAUAUGGAAGAUGGAAACACCAAGGUUGUGAGCAUUGAGUCGACUAAACUGUUGCCAAACAACGCUUACAUAUUUUACAGGCAAUUCUUUAAUGAUAUUUCUCAGGAAUGGGAAUCCGACCCAAUUAUUCUUGAUCUUUUAACGGCUAUAAUUUUAUUUAAUCCGGAUCGGCCAAAACUUGUAAAUUCAACCAUGAUUAAAUUUCAACAACACAAAUACAUGUAUUUGCUUCAACGCUAUUUACUAAUGAGAUACAAGUAUCAUGAUAUGAUGCGGUCAAAAUUUACCAAGUUAAUACAAUAUGCAACUGAUGUGGCAAUAUUAACUCAGAUUAACCAACACAUAUUCAAAAAUGUUGGCCCACAACACGACCCGGGCAACCAUGUCCACUUCAUUAUUACGCACGUCGGGGGCCACAAAGGCCACCAGCCUUUUGGACAGCCUGUUAUUGGCGUCAACCCGAUUCUGUUGACCCGAAUCGGCGGUCAGGUGUGGCCACGCAAUGGCAAUGGCGUACUCAAUAAGUGA